AGAUAUAGAUUAAAAUUUAAUUUGUACUUUACUUUUCAAUCAGUAAAAUCACGAGUAGAUUCAUCUAAAGCUGUCAGAAACGACACCGUCAACAUGGAGCAGACGAAACCAAUUGAUGUUUAUCAUCAUGGAAAAGACCUAGUGGAUUUUGCGCCAUUUGAACACAAGCACAUAGGGGAUAAAGUCUGCAUCACAUCCGAAAAUAUGGGCAGACUAAACAGCCUGAAGCUUCCCAAUGGUUUGGUGUUAUCUUUAGGGCAAAUUAUAGCACUAGCGGGAGAUUUCUAUGGUGUACCCACCCAGCCGAUUAUCGAUCCCUCCAAUCAGACUAACGAUGAUCGUUAUAGGCGCUUUAUUGACGCUUACAACUCGCUGGCACGAGAGCCAAAGGAAAAGUUGCAGCCAGAGUUGAACAAACUUUUGGCUGCACUGGAGCACGAGACCCGUAACCUCAAGAGCCUCAAAGAUAAAUUGUGGGAUAAAAUCACUGGGGGUAAAUGGAUUUGGUUUCUGCCGGUCAAACACGGACGCAUGUUGAAGUUAGCUAAAACUAAUCACGACCAUUUUCUUCCCUACGCCAAAGAAGCCUAUCUAACGGGUCACAAGCUGGCAAUGGACAAAGCUAGAGAGGCGAGUGAUAAAACGAACGCUGAAGAAAAGGAGAAUCUGCUACACGAAGCCUUAUCACUGGAUGGGUUUGCCUGCCAUUUCCUGACUGACAGCUUCUCGAGUGGACACAUUCGGACACCGAGAGAUGUCUUGGCAAGGGAAAUUAAUCCACGCAAUCUUGGUCAUUACUUGAGCAAGUGUAUGCACGACGAAGAUGGAAAAAUGGGCCUCCGUGUGGCAAAUAAAAGAGGAGAUGGGUGGGCAGCAUUCGGAGAUGGACUGCUUCUCAAUGAAGAAAACAAACAAAACCUAAAGUUUGUGAUCGAGGCUGUUGGGAAGUCAGUUGACCAAGUGUUUGAAGCUUACAAUUAUCCGAGUAGAGAUCUCAAUACCGCUGUAGUCACCGACAUCAUCCCAAUUCUUGACGAAGAAGGUAAAAAUCAUGCCCCUCUGUUCCAAGUAAAGGAUGGAAAAGUGUAUUCGAGGUCCAUACUAAGCUUCUUUAAGCAGAAGGUCGCGACUACGAAACGAAAGGAUGCUGUAACAUCUCUCAAGAUGCGAAGUUUAACAUUAUGAAGAGGAAAUCAAUACGGUCAUUUUUAAAAAAAGGGAACUUCAUGAGAAGCAAUAUACGGGUUUGAGUCCCCUCGGCCCUGUUUUGACUUUUUUCGCAGCGAAAGAAGUAAAAUUGUGAUCGAUAACGGUAUUUUAUAAAUACGAAGUAAUUUCCUUUUGUGAAAAAAUUUACUAUUUUGCAAAGUACUUCAUGACUGAGGCUAAUUCACAGGGUAGCCUUCUCUUUAUUACGUAUUCUACAAAAUAAUGUAAUUGUAAUGAUUUUUAUAGCUUUUCUUAAUGACUUAGUUAGGCCUUGAGGAUUUCAAUGAUUUUAGAAAA